GAUACCUCCCACGAAAACCGCUAAUUAUGCUGUGUCAGAAAUGUCUUUACUUUCAUCGAGAGCUAUAGAAUGCUGCAUAAAAUGUGCACAUUUUCCCUCAGUUAUUCUUUUAAAUCUGCACUGAAGUUCAAGUAUCCGACGAGGAAUUGUUUGCUCGGACAUACUAAUUGUCUCAAAGUUGCUUACAGGAGAUGGGCACAAUAUUUCUGCACACUCCACUAAGCAUUCUUUGACAAGUGCACCUUUUAGCGAUUUUCAAAGCAACAAUAUAACUUGCAUUACGAUAACAUUAAUAAUAAUCAACUACGACCAAAUUAAUAAUUACCUCU